GCAUACUGUACAGACGUAUGAUAUUUGUUUACAUAUGCGUUUGCAGUUACGUGUAAUAAGAAUUAUAUGCAAUAGAUAAAUUACAAGAGGUUGACGUUGUGCCAAAAUAAUUCAAUACUUCUUGACCUCUGCAUUAGUAUUCAUCGAGACUCACUGCGCAAUCUAGCUUUCAAAUUCCGUUGCUGUUUAUAAGUUUUGGUGACUAUUUUUGUAAGGACUGUCAUCAACUUUUUAUAUAUUUAAAGUUUGUUGACCUUGUGCUGGUGAAAUCUAAAUAUAGAUUAAAACGAAACUGUGUUUUCGAGCAUGAAAUUAUAGUGAGCUCAUUAUGAGUGGUUUAGGAUAAAUUAAGUCUACCUGGAACUUAAUGUAUGAGGAAUAUUAUUUAUUAUAAAUAAUCAAAAGAAAAAUUAAUUGGAGGAAUGUAUACUGGGCUAAAACUGUGAAAACACAAUGGUUUUAGUGAAAUCAGUUCGCAUAAUGGCAUCAUUUGCGGCUCAGGCUGCACUACGAUCUCGAUGGAGUUCAUUAAUAGAGUCUACGAGUGUCGAUGUGCCGGGAGAAGUGACUGAUGGUGUCCGUUCCGUUGUUGGAUGGCUCAAACAGGCGUCUUUGGAAGUGCGUCAGGUGGGCCGAAGAGCAGUGAGCUCGAUAGCUGGAAGAGGAAUGGCCGACGACGUAGUAAUAGUACACUUCAACGAUGUAUACAACAUCGAACAAACUACCAAUACUGAGCCGGUUGGUGGUGCUCUUCGCUUCAGCACAGCGGUUAAAGCGUUACAGCAUCUCAAUCCCCUGGUCCUAUUUAGUGGGGAUGCCUUCUCACCUAGCAUGUUAAGUACGUUCACAAAAGGGGAACAAAUGGUGCCAGUACUGAACGAAAUAGGAACUCAUUGUGCCGUAUUUGGCAACCAUGACUUUGAUUUCGGUCUAGACGUGCUGUCAAACCUGGUAUCGCAGUGUAACUUCCCAUGGCUGAUGUCAAAUGUUAUAGACAACGAAACCGGGAGACCAUUGGGGGAUGGAAAAAUCACUCACGCUCUGAUGUGCAAUGGUCAUAAAAUCGGAAUGAUUGGUCUUGUGGAACAGGAGUGGCUGGAAACUUUAGCGACGAUUAACCCUGAAGAGGUAACGUUUAUAGAUUUCCUACAAGCGGGAUCUAAAUUGGCGUCACAGCUUAAACAAGAGGGUUGUGAAUACGUGAUAGCACUAACACAUAUGCGAACUCCGAAUGACAUCAAACUGGCUGAGGGCUGUACUGACAUCGAUCUUAUUUUGGGGGGACAUGACCAUGUGUAUGAAGUUUUGGAGAUAAACAACAAAUACAUAGUCAAAAGCGGCACCGAUUUCCGACAGUUUAGCAAAAUUAAUAUAAACUUCGGCACAGAGAGCGUCAAAGUGGACAUCUCAGAUGUUAAAGUCACCAGCAAUAUAGCCGAGGAUCCCGUACUAAAAGGGAAAGUCGAGAAAUACAGUGCUAUGAUAGACGGCAAGAUGGAUGAAGUUCUUGGCAAGUUUUGCGUUCCUCUAGAAGGAAGGUUUUCUGUCGUGAGACGUCAAGAGUGUAAUUUGGGGAAUUGGGUAUGUGAUGUUCUUCUAGCAGCCACUGGGGCCGACCUUUUAUUACUCAACAGUGGUACCUUCAGAUCGGAUCAGGUCCACCCAGCAGGAGAUUUCACUCUCAGAGAUCUAUCUACCAUAAUACCGAUGCGAGAUCCGCUGGUAGUAGUGGAAGCGUCUGGGGAGACCGUGAUACAGGUUCUAGAAAAUGCUGUCUCCAAAUACCCCAGUCUCGAAGGAAGGUUUCCGCAGGUGGCCGGAAUAUCCUUUGCUUUUGACCCAUCAAAACCUCCAGGUCAAAGGAUCGCACAAGAGGUGAUAAAAAUUGGAGAUGAAUAUCUACAGAAGGACCAGAAAUACAGAUUAGCAAUAAAGCAGUAUCUACACGAAGGGAACGACGGAUUUAGCAUGCUGAAGGAUUGUCCCAUUCUGGUUUCAGAAGACAUGUGUCCAGAGGUCGGAAUGGCUAUCCAGAAUCACUUCCAAGCUAUUAACGUUCGCACCGGCCGCGCUCGUCCUUCCAAACACAGACAAUCGCUCGUCACUCUCAGUAGACGGCAUAGUCUAGUCAAAAUGUUGGACAACAGCGAGCUGGAUGGACCACCGCCUCUGAGGAGAGCAUCGUCAGUAGCGGUCGAACCAUCGCACAACACGCAUCACAGACUCACCCGUCGGGCUUCUUUGGACGACCUCGAACAGAACGCAUGCGAAUUGGCGCCGAAAGUUGAAAACAGGAUUAUAAUACUCACUAAACCGGAAAAAUUACAAGAACUCCUUGCUGAGAAGGCCCGUUGGGAAUCCGACUCGGUGAUCAAAGAAGUUGACGAUGAAAGUUCACCUUAGAUACCAAUCCUGGUACAGGACUCCGGAUGAUAUUAAUUUAUAAUGCUCAUUUUUAAACUAAUAUUUUUGAAUAGAAUUUGACUUAUUAUAUUUAAUUAAUUCAUUCGGUCGUGUUUGUAAUUUUUAAAUUAUAUAUAUAAAAAAUAUUCAUAUAAAAUACAUUUAAAAGCAAUCAUCCAGAUAAGGAUAUAUGUGAUAGUGCUUCAUGAUGUAUCUUGCUUUACACUUCUGUAUUAUUUGCCUAUACAUUAAGGUUGUUAUUUGCUUAGCGCUCAAAGAACAAUUAGAACUACCUCAAAUAAAAUAGUAUUCUGAUAAUUUUUUUAUGGUAAGUGAAAUUUAUGAACAUUUUCUAUAUAUAUAUAUAUUUUUUUUUGUUAAGUACAUUCAUGUUACAAAACACAAAAUCUAAAUUUAUUUUAUUCAAAAGGCCUAAAGUUGUCUUCCUUGUAACAUCUUCCAUACCAAAAUGUCAUCAAAUAUUUUUUUAAAUGUUAUUUAAUAUGUUAUAUAUACGUUCUUUAAUUUAUUUAUAAUCUACAAUAUCAUACAAAUGAUCUUAUUCUUUCAAAUUAUUUACACUGCCAAUAUACUUUACAUAUCUUAUAAUUAUUAAAAUAGCUAUUAAUUCUUAUAUAUAUAGACAUUCGAAUAUGAAAGAUCAAAAUUUCUAUAUUUUUUUUUUAUUGUAGCUAAAUUAAUUGACCAAUAUAUAUUUAUAUAUUUCUUCAAAAGAGUAUCAAUAUAAAACAUUUUUAAAAACAUAAUCUAGUUACCAAAACCAUGCAUUAAUUAUCAUACCUAAAAUGUAUUAUACAAUAAGAUUGCUUUUGCUUUCACUGUUUCUUAGUUAUAAAAGUGAUGCACAUUAAAUAGAGAAGUUUAGAAACAGCACUGAAAUGUUAAACAUACCUUAAUAAAUACCAAUAACGUUGGCAUAAUUACUAGAUUUCAAAACCGAUAGCCAUUUAUAAAAGUUAUUUAAGUAGCAGAAACAUAAUUUCUGUUUAAAAAUGGUGAAUAUUAAUUAUGAGAUUAUUUUUAAAUAUAUUUAUAGUGUAAAUCACAUUACGUAUAAUUAAUAGGUGAAUUUAUUUUUUGUUACUCUCUUUAUUGUCUUGUUUCACAUAAACAGUAUUGACGGUCCAAAUUUGCAUCGUCACACUACAUUCUAAGAGUUGCGGAAGUAAGAAUAUAAUUUGAAAAUAUUAAUGAAAAAAAAAAACUUAACGCUCCGUAUGUAGUGUAUCGAUGUCGACUUAGACUAAGCAUACAUAAUAUAAAUAAAAGUCCGGUGUUUAGAAACUACUAAAAGUGUUGUGAUUGCUUUUAAAAAAGCUUUUUUUAUAGUAUUAAAAAAUAUAUUUGUUUAAUAAUUCGACAACAAUUCGACGGCAUUUAUUGUAAACACCUUCGUCUGUUUUUCUGAAAUAAAAAAAAUACUAAUAGUCAACACCUAACAAUAAAAUUGUCAGUUUUAAAACGUCAAUAUGAACUGUCAAAUGAUACUUGAAAAAAAUUAAUAACUCACCCGCAGCCUUAAUUAAAUUGCCACAUGACUUUAAAUAUCUUUAUUUGGUGCCUUAUCGCUGGAUAGAAAUAAUUACGGAUGUUGAAAUAUUAAUAUAAAUGUUUAACUAGUGUGUCUCUUGUCAAACAUCGCCAUGUAUGGUUCUACAAAAUAUUAUUUUGCUUUCGAUACGUAGUUGUGAUAUUGUGAUACGUUGCAACUUGUUGAUUUGUUUUGAAAUAUAUCUUUAUAAUCUAUAAA